AAGGGAAGAAGGAAGUAGGGAGAGAAGGAAGGAAGGGAAAGAGAGGGGGAGGAGGGAAGAGAGAGGGCAGGAGGGAAGGCAGGCAGGCGUGGCUCCCUGUGGAGGGCUGUGUGGCGGCGGGUGCCCUCUCCCUGCUUCCCUCCCUGAAUCCCCCCCCCGGCUGCCUGGAGCCUUGCCUCUCCUUCUGGGCGGCUGUGUCUGUGUGUCUCAGUCUCUGUGGGCUUCCCUCCCUGGCCCCAGCCCAAAGCCCCCUCUUUGGGUGCAGCAGGUGACACACCCUUCUGCCUGCCACCCUCCUCCUCCUCCUCCUCCCUCCUUCCUUCCCCGGAUCCAGCGCCCCGAGCAGCGAGGGAGCCAAGCGCCAGCCUCCCUCUUCCUCCUUCUUCCAGCCCUUGCCGCCCCUUCCUCUAGGGCUGCCCGAGCUCGGCGGGGGCUGAAGGGAAAAAGAAACCCAUGCUGAGGUGAAGGGAGGGAGGGAAGGAGGCAGAGGAGGAGGAGGAGGAGGAGGAGGAGAGGACAUCGCUUGGGCUCCUCUGCUGCAGAACUCUCCCUCUCUCUCUCUCUCUCUUCCCUGAAGAAGAAGAAGAAGGGGAAAGGGAAGGAAAGGGAGCCAUUCCUGGCUGCUGCUGAGGCUCCUUUGGCUGCUGCUUCUUCCUUCUGGAAAAAGGAAAAAGAGAGAGAGAGAGAGGAGCAAAUAAAGGCAGGAAAGGAAAACCCGGCGGGGACCUGGCUCUUGCUCUCCAAAGAUGUCCUCGCAAACAAAGUUCAAGAAGGACAAAGAGAUCAUCGCGGACUAUGAGGCGCAAGUCAAAGAAAUUCGUACGCAGUUGGUGGAACAAUUCAAAUGUUUAGAACAACAAUCUGAAUCCCGGUUGCAGCUCCUUCAAGACCUUCAGGAGUUUUUUCGUAGAAAGGCUGAGAUUGAACUGGAAUACUCCAGGAACCUGGAAAAACUGGCAGAAAGGUUUUCAUCCAAGAUUCGCAGUUCUAGGGAACAUCAUCAAUUCAAAAAGGAUCAGCACUUGCUUUCACCUGUGAAUUGCUGGUAUCUGGUACUAACCCAGACACGGAGAGAGAGCAGAGACCAUGCGACCCUGAAUGACAUCUUCAUGAACAAUGUCAUUGUCAGACUUUCCCAGAUCAGUGAGGAUGUCAUCCGACUAUUUAAAAAGAGUAAGGAAAUUGGUCUUCAGAUGCAUGAAGAGCUCCUGAAAGUUACCAAUGAACUCUACACUGUAAUGAAAACAUAUCACAUGUAUCAUGCUGAGAGCAUCAGCGCUGAAAGUAAACUGAAGGAAGCUGAAAAGCAAGAGGAGAAGCAAUUCAACAAAGGAGGAGACAUCAGUGUGAACCUGCUGAGACAUGAGGAUAGGCCCCAGCGCCGCAGCUCAGUCAAAAAGAUUGAGAAGAUGAAGGAAAAGAGGCAAGCAAAGUAUUCUGAAAAUAAACUGAAAUGCACCAAAGCUAGGAAUGACUAUCUGCUAAACCUAGCAGCCACAAAUGCAGCAGUCAGUAAAUAUUACAUCCAUGAUGUCUCAGACCUGAUUGAUUGCUGUGACCUAGGCUUCCAUGCCAGCCUGGCACGGACAUUCAGAACAUACCUUUCUGCUGAAUACAAUCUAGAAACCUCACGCCAUGAGGGGCUGGACAUAAUUGAGAAUGCUGUGGACAACCUGGAUGCACGAAGUGACAAACACACAGUCAUGGAUAUGUGCAACCAGGUCUUCUGUCCUCCUCUGAGGUUUGAAUACCAGCCUCACAUGGGGGAUGAGGUAUGCCAAGUGAGUGCCCAGCAGCCAGUUCAGACAGAGUUGCUCAUGAGAUACCACCAGCUGCAAUCUAGACUUGCUACGCUCAAAAUAGAGAAUGAAGAGGUGCGAAAAACAUUGGAUGCCACUAUGCAGACACUGCAAGACAUGUUGACCGUAGAAGAUUUUGAUGUCUCAGAUGCCUUCCAGCAUAGUCGCUCCACUGAGUCAGUCAAAUCAGCUGCUUCAGAGACUUACAUGAGUAAAAUAAACAUUGCCAAGAGGAGAGCCAACCAACAAGAAACUGAAAUGUUCUAUUUUACUAAAUUUAAAGAAUACUUGAAUGGCAGUAACCUUAUUACAAAGUUACAGGCUAAACAUGAUUUACUGAAGCAGACUCUAGGAGAAGGUGAAAGAGCUGAAUGUGGAACCACAAGGCCCCCCUGUCUUCCCCCUAAACCACAGAAAAUGAGGAGACCUAGGCCUCUCUCAGUCUAUAAUCAUAAACUCUUUAACGGCAAUAUGGAAACAUUCAUUAAGGAUUCAGGACAAGCUAUUCCACUUGUGGUUGAAAGCUGUAUUCGGUACAUCAAUUUAUAUGGUCUACAACAACAGGGUAUUUUUAGAGUUCCUGGAUCUCAGGUUGAAGUCAAUGAUAUCAAGAACUCAUUUGAGAGAGGUGAAGAUCCUCUUGCUGAUGAUCAAGAACGUGAUAUCAAUCUUGCUGGGGUCUUAAAGCUGUAUUUCCGGGUUGAAAACCCACUCUUCCUAAGGAAAGGUUUCAAGACUGAUUCUACUAUAAAAAUUGAAAACCUUGCAGAAAGAGUGCAUCAGAUUCAGCAAAUCAUUAUUACUUUGCCACGAGCUGUCAUCAUUGUCAUGAGAUAUCUCUUCGCUUUCCUCAACCACUUGUCACAGUACAGUGAUGAGAACAUGAUGGAUCCCUAUAACCUGGCCAUCUGCUUUGGACCAACGUUGAUGCAUAUUCCAGAUGGGCAAGAUCCAGUGUCCUGCCAGGCUCAUGUCAAUGAAGUCAUCAAAACCAUCAUAAUCAGUCAUGAAGCCAUCUUCCCCAGUCUCAGGGAGCUCGAAGGACCUGUUUAUGAAAAAUGCAUGACUGGUGGGGAAGAGUACUGUGACAGCCCGCACAGUGAACCAGGUACCAUUGAAGAAGCAGACCAUGACAACGGCACGGAGCCACAUACCAGUGAUGAUGAGGUGGAGCAGAUUGAAGCAAUUGCCAAGUUUGACUACAUUGGGCGGUCCCCACGUGAGUUGUCUUUCAAGAAAGGAGCCUCUCUCCUCUUGUACCAUCGGGCAUCUGAAGACUGGUGGGAAGGCAGACAUAAUGGUGUGGAUGGACUCAUACCCCAUCAGUACAUAGUUGUACAGGACAUGGAUGAUGCCUUCUCUGACAGCCUGAGUCAGAAGGCAGACAGCGAGGCGAGCAGCGGACCCCUACUGGAUGAUAAAGCCUCAUCAAAGAACGACAUCCAAUCUCCAACUGAUCAUAUUCCAGACUAUGGAUUUGGGGGAGUGAUGGGACGGGUGAGGUUGAGAUCUGAUGGAGCUGCGAUCCCUCGUCGCCGAAAUGGAGGGGAUACCCACAGCCCUCCAAGAGGGAUGGGCCCUGGGAUAGAUACCCCUCCACGGGCAGCAGCUUGCCCCAGCAGCCCCCACAUAUUACCUCUGAACAGGAGCAGGAUUGAAAGCCCAGAGAAGCGCAGGAUGGCAACUUUUGGGAGUGCUGGCAGUAUCAAUUAUCCAGACAGGAAGACAUUAACUGAUGGGCAUCCGAUGAGGCCAACCAGUAGCUCAACCCGGCACAGUAGUCUCGGGGAUCAGAAAUCACUAGAGGCUGAAGCACUGGCUGAGGACAUAGAAAAGACAAUGAGCACAGCACUGAAUGAACUGCGUGAGCUUGAAAGGCAAAAUACUGUGAAACAAGCACCAGAUGUUGUCCUGGACACCCUUGAACCAAUGAAGAACCCCCAGAUAGGUUCUGUCAACUCUGAACCUGCCAGUCCCCUUCAUACCAUCAUGAUCCGAGAUCCUGAUGCGGCCAUGAGGCGGAGCAGCAGUUCAACCACUGAAAUGAUGACCACUUUUAAGCCAGCCCUCUCAGCCCGGCUUGCUGGAGCUCAGCUUAGGCCUCCACCCAUGAGACCCAUCCGCCCAGUUGUUCAGCAUCGAUCAAGUAGCAGUAGCAGCUCAGGAAUGGGUAGUCCUGCAGUGACGCCCACCGAGAAGAUCUUCCCAAACAGCUCCUCAGAUAAAUCUGGCACUAUGUAGCUAUUACAUUACCAUCACAAGGAGGUUUUUGUUGAGAAAGUGGGUACCGCAUCCCAAUUUUCAUUUUUUUUUAAGUUGGAAGCUAUGAUUGUACAAAAGAUGUCAUUAAUUGAAGAAAAAGACAGGGGAAAUGACUCUUGUGGAAACAAGGCAGCUGUAGAUGUGGCUUAAGUAUUUCAUGGUAUUUACACCCAUUCUCUCCAAGAGUGCUGGAAUUAUUUGGCACAGCCAAAUAAGAUGGUCGUUUCAUGUAUUACCACUGGAACAUUCAAGUCUGUGUAGAAGUAUAUAUAUAUAUAUAUAAAACUGUACAUAGCUCAGUAACAUUUUAGUAGAUUUACCUCAGAAACUCACCCCUAGACUUCUUCUAGAGAGCGUUUUUUGUGUGUGCGUGUGAGUGGAUUACACAGCAACUGUGCAGAAAGCAAUAGACAACUGGACAAUUCUUGAACUGAAUUUUCGCACCAGUUUGGCUUGGCUUUAGAGUGGCAAACAAAAGAGAGCACCAGUUAGUUGUCCUGAAGAUACUGAAGUGCAUUCGAUGAUCAUGUCUAUCCUGCCAGAUGGAUGGUUCUUCAUCUUCAAACUCAUCUCUCAAAGACUGCCUCAUUGAAACAUGGAAGCUUGUGGUCAUUUCCUGGUUGGAAGAGUACACCACUUGUGGACAUAAAGAAUGAAAUGUAGUACACCUUCCCCUUGUGCAAAGGGGAAACCUAGGACUUUUCUGUACGUACUUCAUGUUGUAGCACAGUGUUAUGUAUGUACAAAUGAAACUUACCUCCCACUGUUUUCAAAACAGAAGAGGACUCUGAAGUAACCUGUGGUCAAUAAUAAUAAAUAAAUAGGCUAACUUAUAUAGUGUUUGAAAUAUUUUAUUCCCAUGCCCUCUCUUUUUGCUAAAGAUUCCUGGGGGGGAGGGGAAGAUCUGGAUUAAAACAGGCAAGGAGGCUUUUAGUAAAAUGCCAUUCCCUUUCCAGUGACUCCACAGUACAUACAUGUCUUGACUCAGCUUCUGUCCCCUUGCAUGAAUAGCAUGAGCCAUAUUUGACCAUCAGACAUAUAACUGAUCUGAUGGGGUGACAAUUUGCACUUUCUAUACCAAUAUAUGUAACCAAUAUUCAGCAGUUUUGGGUUUAUGAAAAUACAGUUAUAUUUCUUUCUCUGUAAAAUUUAAUCUAGAUAAAGAAAGAAAGAAAGAAAGAAAGAAAGAAGAGAACUGGGGUUUGCAUGAUCCCUAAACCUUUUCUCUACUCACGGAACUCAAGACUCUUCUCGCUGCUAUUUUUUAAAGAACAUUUUUUGUCUAUUUGUGGACAGAAGUUUGUAACAUCCGCCCUUUGACUGGGCUAGCAUUUUUUAAAAAACUUAAAAUACCAUUGCACAUUUGUUUUUAAACGAAUUGCCUUUUGAGAAAUCUCAUUUGAACUUGGUUAAAUCUGCACUUUCUUUUUCUUUCUUGAUAUCUCUUGGUAUAAUUUUGCUGAGGGUGUUCAUUUUUUUCCUUUCCUCAUGAAAAGUUGGUUUUAAUGACAUCUGCCAUCUUUCAGCACCAUAUGAUUUAUUUGAUAUAUUUGAAUACAACUCUCUCUUCUCUUAACCUAUAGGCCACAGUCUGUCUUAUUAAAGCAGGAAAAGAGCUGUCAAGCUGUUUCCUAAUUUAUCAUUGUUAAUCCUUCUUUGUCUGACAAAUACAUCCCUAACUCCACCUGUGUGCAUAAAUUGCACUAAAUACCUACUUUUUGAGACAAUUUUUCACCAUGAAAAGAACCCAUGUGAUUAUUUGUAGUAGUGUUCUCCUUUCUGUAUCACAUCUACAAGCAUGCUUCAUUUCACAUACUCUCUUCUCUUAACUGCCCCUUGCCUGUUCUAGCCUGUUUAUAUAUUGCCAUUCCCGCUUAAAUGCUGGACAAUAACUGCUAAAAUGUAAACUCUUUUUCCCCCCUAAAGACGAAAUUUUAGUUGAGACCCAGUGACACCAAAACUUUGCACUUAAUAUGUACAUCCAGUAUAGUGGAAAUACACCUAUAAAAAUGGAAACAACCUCCCCCAACCCCAAUCAAUCCUAACCUUCCCAUGUAUAUUGUGAAGGAUAAAUAAUGUAUGUAGUUAUUCUAUUAUUGUUCCUCAGUAUAAUAUUACAAAGAAAAUGGUGUUUACCUACAUGUCUACAUGUACCUACAAUGAGUUAACAGUGGUGUUUUCUUCAUCAAUAAUUUUCUUUUGCUCGUCCCCCUCCCACUGCCUUCCUCCUCCUCCUCAUGCCAUUCCUAACUUUAGAGCAACCCAGUGGUCAUUAUUGCAACAGAUGUUCAGUAUGUUGUACUAAUGAACCAGGAAAUAUAGUUUUAAGCAUGGAGGAGGGCGGGGAGAGAAAGACAUUUGGCAGACUGUUGUUAUCUUCCUUGCCAGUAAUGUUUUCCCCACGUUCAGUUCUCGGAGAAUGGUUUCGUUGAAGGUUUGUGUGUGUGAGCGUGCACGCAUGUGUGUUCUAAACAUACUUUUGAAAAUGACUUGAAAGCAAAACCAUGGCUUCAUUUGAAGAUUUACUUUUUUUUCUUUAAAAUAUUAUACAAUUCCAAUGCCUUUUUUUUAAAUUAAAUUAUUUUUGUUUC